AUGCCUGAGACUGAAAAGCAAUACCAAUACCCAAUCAAAACAGUAGUAGUUUUAGUCCAAGAAAACCGAUCGUUUGAUCACGUGUUAGGAUGGAUGAAGAAAUCCCAUAACCCACAAAUCGAUGGUGUAUCCGGAAAUGAAUCAAACCCAUUGCUAACUCCAUCUCCUGAAUCAAAUCGACUCUACUUCGGCGAUCAAUCGGGUCAGGUGAAAGAAGAUCCGGGCCACUCAUUUGAAGACACAUAUGAACAAAUAUUUGGCGUACAAUGGACGGAAUCUUCGCCGCCUUCGCCAAAUCUUCCUCCUACGAUGGAGGGUUUUGUUCAGAAUGCUGAACGGAAACUGAAAGGGAUGUCGUCGGAAGUUAUGAACGGGUACAAGCCGGAGUUGUUGCCUGUUUUCAAAGAGCUGGUGUCGGAAUUCGCGGUUUGUGAUCGGUGGUUCUCGUCGGCGCCGACAUUGACGCAACCGAAUCGGCUGUUUGUUCACUCCGCAACAUCUUAUGGUGCUGUGAUUAAUGAUACUAAGAUGAUGAUUGAAGGAUAUCCACAGAAGACCAUUUUUGAGUCACUGGAACAAAGUGGAUUCAGUUUUGGAGUUUAUUACCAGUUCCCUCCUUCCACCCUUUUCUUCAGGAACCUAAGAAAGUUGAAGUACCGAAAGAAUUUCCACCAAUUUGAUAUGAACUUCAAACGGCACUGCGAAGAGGGGAAGCUACCAAACUACGUUGUAAUUGAGCAGCGAUACUUUGGGACCAAGUUUCUUCCCGCAAAUGAUGAUCAUCCACCCCAUGAUGUGUCCGAAGGCCAGAAGUUUGUGAAAGAAGUUUAUGAAGCACUUCGAUCAAGCCCACAAUGGAAUGAAAUCUUGUUCAUUGUUGUGUACGAUGAACACGGCGGAUUCUAUGACCAUGUUCCGACGCCCACCAUCGGUGUUCCCAACCCUGAUGGCAUAAUAAGUCCCCCACCACAUAAUUUUGGGUUUGAUCGACUUGGAGUUAGGGUUCCUGCCAUUCUAAUUUCACCUUGGAUUGAUCCUGGAACCGUUCUACAUGAGGCAGUAGGUCCAAGUUCAACUUCACAAUUCGAGCAUUCCUCGAUCCCAGCCACAGUGAAGAAGAUUUUCAAUCUUGAAGGGUUUUUAACAAAGAGAGAUGCAUGGGCUGCCACUUUCGAUUGUGUUCUCACUCGUAAUAGCCCUAGAACGGAUUGUCCUGUCACACUACCGGAGCCAAUAAAGUUGGUAGACAGGGAGGUAGGCGGAGAUGAUGAAGAGUCAAAAUUGAGCGAAUUUCAGGCAGAGUUGGUGCAAUUAGCUUCUAUACUGAAAGGAGACCACAAAAGAGAAGGUAGUUCCCAUCUACAUAAAUUAGUGGAAAACAUGGUGGUUAGAGAGGCUGCUGAAUAUGCUGGAAAUGCACUUGAAGAAUUCAUGAAAAGUGGUGAAGAUGAAGAUUCUAGUUCCAACAGUAGUGAAGCACAUGAUGAGUCUCAUAUUACUACUAAUGUUGGGGCAAGAAUCCCGAUUGAUCCGGCCAAUAAACAGAGAAUAACCGAUUCGAUUGAACUCGACGAUUAUCGCCUUCAAAAGCGGAAAGAAUUCGAAGAUCAAAUCCGCCGUGUCCGAUGGGACAAAAGCGUUUGGGUAAAGUAUGCCGAGUGGGAAGAAUCCCGUAAAGAUUUUAAACGUGCCCGUUCGAUUUGGGAACGAGCCCUCGAGGUACAUCACAGAGAUCAUACUCUGUGGUUGAAAUAUGCUGAAUUUGAGAUGCGAAGUAAGUCCAUUGACAAUGCCCGGAAUGUGUGGAAUAGAGAUGUGACGAUUUUGCCCCGGGUCGAUCAGUUGUGGUUCAAGUACAUUAACAUGGAAGAAACCCUCGGCAAUGUCACCAGGGCUCGGCGUGUUUUCGAGAGGUGGAUGAGCUGGAAUCCCGAACAUGAAGCGUGGUUAUCCUUUAUUAGGUUUGAGUGGAGGUAUGCCAAGUUUGAGAUGAAGAACAGCGAGAUUCGUCUAGCAAGAGAGUGUUUCGAAAGAGCAGCGAACAAGUUUGUUGGCGACGAGGAAGCCGGCCGGUUGUUUAUGUCAUUUGCCGAGUUUGAGGAGAAGUGCAGAGACGUGGAGAGAGCUAGGCAUCUUUCUCUAUUGGCACUUGAUCAUAUCCCCAGAGAGAGAGCAGGGGAGGAAGGUUUGUAUGACAAGUUUGUGGCUUUUGAAAAGCGGUUUGGAAACAGUGAGCAGAUUGAAGAUGCCAUUCUGCGGAAGAAGAGGUUUCAGUACGAGGAGGAAGUUAGAAUGAACCCUUCCAACUAUGAUGCUUGGUUUAAUUACAUUAAGUUCGAAGAGAAUGCUGGAGGUAAAGAAAAUGUUAGGAACGUUUAUAAACGAGCAAUUGCUCAGCUUCCUCAGCUGAAGAGAAACGCUCAUUUUGAGAUCCGACAGCGGAAUCUUCAAGCUGCGAGAUUAAUCCUUGGAGAAGCUAUUGGCAGGGCCCCAAAGGUUAAGAUCUUUGAGAAGUACAUUGAAAUGGAACUGAAGCUGGAAAAUAUAGACCGUUGCCGUAUGCUGUUUGAGAAGUAUCUGGCGUGGUCUCCACAGAAUUGCAAUGGCUGGAUCAAAUUUGCUGAAAUGGAAAAUUCUUUACUUGAAACUGAGCGAACAAGAGAGAUUUUUGAGCUUGCUAUUGAACAACCCGCAUUAGACUUGCCUGAGGUAUUGUGGAAGGCAUACAUUGAUUUCGAGAUAUCCAAAGGUGAGUUUGGAAAAACAAGAGCGCUUUAUGAGAGGCUCCUGAAGCGCACGAAGCACUUCAAGGUCUGGUUAAGCUAUGCCAAGUUUGAGGCAUCAGCUAUGGAAGAAGGGCCGAAAGAAGAGGCCAAGGAGCAAUGCAUUCAGCGAGCAAGAGGUGUUUUUGAAAGAGCUCUCGAUUACUUUGUGACUGAGGCUCCGGAACUUAGAGAGGAAAGGGCAAUGCUGUUGGAGGAAUGGCUAAAAGUGGAGAGAAACGCUGGAGCUGUUGGCAAAGUUGAUCUUGUUAGUGCGAAAUUGCCGAAGAAAGUGAAAAAAAGAAGGCGUAUAGAGGUAGAGGAUGAUGAUGGUCUGGGUAGAUAUGAAGAGUAUAUGGACUAUUUAUUCCCUGAGGAAGCACUUAACAAAAGUCUCAAAAUGUUGGAAGCUGCAUACCACUGGAAGAAGCAGAAACUCUUUCAAUGA